AUGAGGAAUAAUAGAAUCGAUGCUCUGUUUAUUAACAGAAGAUUGAUUAGGAAUCAAGUUAGGAUUAAGCUUGCCAUUAGGGAUUUUUAUAAGGUGUUGUAUCACCAAGAGAAGUCUCCUAUGGUGGGUUUUAGAGAUGGUAUGGUAAAAAUGAUCAGUGAAGAAGAUGCAUUGGCUUUAGAGAGGUUACCGACAUCUGAGGAGGUUAGAGAGGCAGUUUGUGAUUGUGAAUCAUCCAAGGCGCCAAGUAAUGAUGGCUACAACAUGAACUUUAUUAAAAAGUGUUGGGAUAAAAUUGGUGCUGAAUUCACCACAGCGGUUCUGGGCUUCUUCCAAUCCUCCAGGUUACCGGCAGAUGCUAAUGUCACUUGGGUAGCGUUGGCCCCCAAGUUUACUGGGGUUAAGGAAAUCAACGACCUUUGUUCGAUUAGCAUGGUGGGGUGUGUGUAUAAGGUAAUUUUGAAGAUGUUGGUUAGGAGAAUGCAAGCAGUUAUGCCAGGAUUAGUAGGUGAAACACAGAUAGAUCAAAUUGAAGAAGAAGCAAGCAACAAUAAUAAAGUGAAAACUCUUCAGACUACCCCUACUUUUGUUGAGGAAGUUCAAGAAAAUGAAGCUGUGGAUCUCUGGCCGAAAAUGAAGGAAGAGGCUGAACUUGAUGUAAAUGAGGAACCUAUUCUGAAUAGUUACUACCAAUCCUCAAUUCUGUCUCAUGAUUCAUUGGAAUCUGCUUUGGCCAAUUACCUUGCUAACAGAUUAAGCAGUGCAAGCCUUCCAAGUAACACACUCUUUGAUCUUUUUGUUGGGAUCUUGAAAUCUGACCAAGAAAUCAUGGAUUCUGUGAAGGAUGAUCUCAAAGCAGUUAAGGAAAGAAACCCUGCUUGCAUAAGCCAUGUGCAUUGCUUCUUGAACUUCAAAGGUUUCUUAGCAUGCCAAUCUCAUAGAGUUGCUCAUAAGCUAUGGCUUCAAGGAAGAAAAGUCUUGGCAGUUAUGAUCCAGAACCGAGUUUCCGAGGUUUUCGCGGUUGGUAUUUAUCCCGGUGCUAAGAUUGGAAGCGGGAUUCUGCUUGAUCAUGUAACUGGAUUAGUGGUUGGUGAAACUGCAGUGAUUGGUAACAAUGUGUCAAUUUUGCAUAGUGUGACUUUGGGUGAAACUGGUAAAGCUUAUGGUGAUAGGCAUCCAAAGAUUGGUGAUGGGGUUUUGAUUGGUGUAGGGACUUGUAUUUUGGGGAACACUAAGGUUGGUGAAUGUGCUAAAAUUGGUGCUGGUUCUGUGGUGAUUAAGGAUGUUCCUCCUAGGACUACUGUUGUUAGUGAUUUUAUUAUGCUGCUGUUUUGA